UCAAGACCUUAGAAGUUGGCUAUUUCCUCGAAUCUCUUUGUUUGAUUUCCUGCCCUUCAAAAUGAGAUUGUGUUUAUUACUUUCGAUUUUAAUUAUACUUCCUAGUUUUACAUUAAGCUAUCAAAGUUUCCUCAGACAAGUUUUGGGUUCGGCUCUGAUGGGCGAUUUGCUAUCUACCUUACCUUCUCGAUUUCACUGUGUGGGAACUAGGAAUAAUUUUACCACAUUCAAGCUAUUUUCCCGCGUGCAUCCGGAUAAACCUCGCCCUUUGGCUCCAGAUGAUCGAGAACUGCUCUAUAAGUCUGAUUUUGAUCCUAAUCUACCAACCAAGAUUAUAAUUCAUGGAUUUGUGGACAAUCUUCAAAUAAGUGAAUGGAUGCAGAAAAUGAAAAAUGCUUUUCUGUCUGAAGGCGAAUACAACGUUAUUAUUACCGACUGGAGCUGUGGUAAUGAAUUUCCCUAUACCCAAGCUGUCCAGAGAUCGAAGACAGUAGCUGACAAGAUGAAAGAACUUAUCAUUUUUCUUAGAGAUUCUGCCGGUGCCGAUCCCGCCAAUUUCCACCUGAUAGGCCACAGUUUGGGCAGUCACAUCGCUGGGCUGGUCGGUCACGGGAUUCUACAUUUAGGGAGGAUAUCCGCCCUAGACCCUGCCGGACCCAGAUUCUAUGAUGCUCCUUUAGCCGAGAGGCUAGAUCCUACUGACGCACAGUUUGUUGACGUCAUACACACGGAUGGAGGGCGUGGUCUUUUAGAAGGUUUGGGAAUGAGAUCUCAAGUAGGUCACGUUGAUUUUUAUCCGAAUGGUGGCAGAAAUCAGCCUGGAUGCCACAAUUCUCCAUUUACUAUCCUGCCAAGGAUUGGACUGCAUAGAGCUGCCAGAUAUUAUAUAACAUGUGAUCACUUCCGGUCAACGGACUAUUACAUUGAUAGUAUCCGCUCAGCAUUGGAAUCAAAAUCUAGGGACGAAUCUGCAUGCCAGUCCAUUGGUGUCACCUGUCGCAACUGGGAAACUUUCGCCCAGGGAAGGUGUGCUGACUGCUCCCAUCCUGAUGACUGCUUACCUAUGGGUUAUCGCAGCGACUUAUAUAUUCAGCGAAAUCCCCAUCUUUCCAAGAAAGAAUAUUUUGUGAAAACUGCUGAUGAGUCACCUUUCUGCUUGUUUCAGUAUCAAGUUAUAGUGGAGACUGGUUGCGAUCAUGGGUUUUGUGGAGAAGCUUCAAAUUCUAAAUCUGGUUUCAAUCCAGGUGUAAUCAAUCUUGAACUGAAAACGAAUGAAGGGAAAUUGACCAAGCUUAAUAUUGAUGAGGACGCUGACAAGAAUAUCAAACCAGAAGGACAAUACGUCUACUUGGCAACUAGCCGAUUUCCGAUUGGACGAGUUAAAGACGCUAAAAUUUGGUGGGGAGAUACAUCGAAACCUGAAGCUGCCGCCAGGCCUUCGCAAUUUUCAACAGGCCUAAAUCUGAGGAAAAUACAAGUAGUUCCUAUUGCUUUGCAAGAUAAAAUUGAUAGACUUUCUGAACCACAGCCAAUAGUUUUAUGUGGAUCUCCUGAUAAGACAAUCGGAAGAAAUCGGUACUUGGAGCUGAGUGUCAAUGAAUGCUGAUUUUAUCUAUGCAAAAAUGUGGAAAAUAUUUAUAUGUUUAUGAAAAUCGACAUGCCAAAAAUUUGAAAAAUUUAUUGUGCAUCUUCACGUAAUAAGAAUCACAAAUGUGGUUCCAUGUUAAUCCAUAUAUUACCAUAUUAAUCUGAAAAUCAGUGAUGCAAAAUGCACAUAUAUCACAUUCUACUGGAAUAUAUCUGGUAAUUUAUUGAAGUUAUUGUGCUUUUGUUGUACAUAUUUAAAACUCAUUCGUAUGUAAAAAUCCUGUGUAUAUAUUUUUAAAAAUAUUAUAUGUAUAUUAUUUAUGAGGAAAUAAAGCUGGGCUUGUACUUGA